CCAGAAGAUGCCACUUUGUUCUUGACGAGGACCAACAGGCAACUAUAACUUCAUCUUUUCAGUACGGAACACUGUAGAAGUGAUUCUAUUCCACAAAGAUACCAUUAAAUAUUAUCUCUUUUUUGUUUUAUUGUACUUGAGAGAUACUUCACCAUGCCUAACCCCACCUCGCUCUUGGUGACCUUGACAGCUGCCCUUGCGGCUCUGCCAGAGGCUCAAGCUGCGAUCUACACCAAGAACUCACCCGUUCUUCAGGUCAACGCUCGCAACUACGAUAAGCUCAUUGCAAAGUCCAACUACACCUCUAUUGUCGAGUUCUACGCCCCAUGGUGCGGCCACUGUCAGAACCUCAAGCCCGCCUACGAAAAGGCCGCCAAGAACCUCGAUGGUCUCGCUCAAGUCGCUGCCAUUGACUGUGAUGAGGAGUCCAACAAGCAGUUCUGCGGUGGCAUGGGUGUUCAGGGCUUCCCCACUCUCAAGAUCGUUCGUCCUGGAAAGAAGACUGGUAACCCUGUUGUUGAGGAUUACCAGGGUCAACGAACUGCAGGUGCUAUUCAAGAGGCUGUCAUGAGCAAGAUCAACAACCAUGUUACGCGUGUGAGCGACAAGGAUCUUGACUCUUUCCUCAAGGGUGAUAAACCUAAGGCUAUCCUCUUCACUUCAAAGGGAACGACUAGUGCUUUGAUCCGAAGCAUUGCCAUUGACUUCCUUGAUGUUAUUUCGGUGGCCCAGAUCCGUGAUAAGGAGACAGCUGCGGUUAAGAAGUUUGGCAUUGAGAAGUUCCCCGCUCUUGUUCUUAUCCCCGGUGAAGGCAAGGAUCCUAUUGUCUACAACGGUGAGAUGGUCAAGAAGGAUAUGGUCAAGUUUCUCUCACAGGCUGGAGAGCCUAACCCCGUUCACGCCACUGGCAACACCAAGAGCUCCAAGCCCAAGAAGGCUGAGUCCAAGAGCGCCAAGAGUGCCAAGAAGAGCAAGGCUACCGAGGCUGCAAAGGAGGAGCCCGUUGAGCCAAAGGAGUCUUCCACUGAGGCUGCCGAAGCAGUUCCCACUAUCAUUCCUAUCUCUACUAUCUCUAGUCUGGAGAAGCUCGCCGAGGAGUGUCUCGCUCCCAAGUCUCACACUUGUGUUCUUGUCUUCACUCCUGGUGAAGCUGGUGAGAAGGCAGUCGACUCACUUUCCCACCUCAACACCAAGUACGUCCACGGCGGUCGCAAGACAUUCCCCAUCAUCGCUGUUCCCAGCGACAGCGACGCCGCUUCAACUCUUCCCAAGGCCCUUGGUCUCAAGAACGAGGUCAACCUGAUCGCUAUCAAUACCCGCCGCAACUGGUGGCGCCAGUACGAAGGCGACUUUAGCCUCGCCAGCGUUGAGAACUGGAUUGAUGCUAUCCGCAUGGGCGAGGGUGCCAAGAAGAAGAUCCCCGAGGGUGUUGUUGUCGAAAAGACUGAGGCUGCCGAGAAGUCUACUCAAGCUACUGACCCCGAGCCUGAGAUCGAGACUGAUGGUCCUAAGGAAGCCAAGACUGAGGUUGAGACCGAGGCUGAGAUCGAGUCCGAGACUCCAGCCGAAGCUGAGGCCGAGGCAAAGACCCCUGAGCCCGAAGCUGAACCUGUUGCUGAGUCUGAAGCUGAGCCCAAGACCAAGGAGGAGAUCAAGCACGAGGAGCUAUAGAGGGAAUCCCUUAAAUCUUACAAUUAGUCUGUGACUAUAGCCUCGAUAGCGAAGACAUACCUGUCAUAUAGCAGAUCAAACAAAUAACUCCAAACACUUCUAUGACCCAAUGCACAUGGUAUCUAAUCAUCCAAAUCCAUCCCCAUAGCAUCGUUCUUCUCCACCGCACCCUCCUUCACCAUCUCAGCACCCUUAUCCUUAACAACCUGAUCCAAGAACUGCUUUACCUGCUUACAACCAUCCACACCGACGACCAACAUUCCCUCCAACCUGCUAACUUGCACACGACUCUCGCAUACAAGUACAGCAACCUGAUCGGUAUCACCUUGUGUCGCGACUGUCAAGAAGGGUAGUUCUUGCUCUUCUUGGUUGUUUAGAUCAAGGAGAGGAUCGGCUGUGUCGUCGCCCGCGGCGUAUGUUGAGGUCGAUCCUGCUGUGCAGGCGGCGAUGUAAUCUGUCAUUGGAAUACCAGCGUCGAUGAGGGCGAGGGUCGUUGCGUUGAGAAGAGCGGCGAGGAGGGAUCCGUCUUGCGAUAGAACGUGAAGCGAGAUUGUGAUGGAAGAGUGAGGAAACAGGUGUGUAUGUAAAUUCGAAGUAAACGCAUUCGCAAUCGUCGUUUCAAUCUCUUGUAUGCGCCUAAACAAAUUAGUUUCAAGUCUUCCACUGUACAGCAAGAAACUCAAACUCACUUGUCAUUGCGCCCUCUCUUCUUUCGAUCCACGCUCGAAAAACCCGC